CUCAACUUCCAAAUCUCCCUCCCUCUCUCUUUCUCUCCUCUUCUUUUAUAUCAUCUGCUCUCCCCGGCUUAUUCCCUCAUGGGGGCUCAGGAGAAGCGUCUUCGUUUCCAGCCGAUAUCAAGUUACGAGAUCAAGGACCGGUCGAACCAAACCGUGGCCGCCGAUCUUGACGGGACCUUACUAAUCUCUCGUAGUGCAUUUCCUUAUUAUUUCCUCGUGGCCCUCGAAGCGGGGAGCUUACUCCGUGCCUUGGUCUUACUCGCAUCCGUACCGUUCGUUUACCUCACGUACCUCUCCAUUUCCGAGACUCUAGCAAUCAACGUUUUCAUCUUCAUCACCUUCGUGGGUCUCAAGAUCCGAGACGUCGAGCUCGUGGUCCGUUCUGUCCUUCCAAGAUUCUACGCCGAGGACGUGAGGCCAGACGCGUGGAGUAUCUUCAACACGUUCGGGAAACGGUACAUAGUAACAGCGAGUCCACGGAUCAUGGUCGAACCGUUCGUGAAGACAUUCCUAGGAGUCGAUAAAGUUCUUGGAACAGAACUCGAGGUUUCCAAAUCUGGUCGGGCAACAGGUUUUGUCAGAAGCCCCGGUGUUCUUGUCGGUCAACACAAACGCGAGGCCGUUAUGAGAGAGUUCGGUGGCGUUGCGUCUAGUAGUUUACCUGAUUUGGGGCUUGGCGAUAGUAAGACAGACCACGAUUUCAUGACAAUUUGCAAGGAGGGUUACAUGGUACCACGUACCAAAAUCGAACCACUACCAAGGAAUAAACUCUUAACCCCUAUUAUAUUCCACGAGGGCAGAUUAGUCCAACGACCAACGCCGUUAGUUGCACUGUUAACUCUCCUUUGGCUUCCCCUCGGGUUUGUGGUCUCUCUUAUUCGAGUCUACACGAAUAUUCCGUUACCUGAACGCAUAGCCCGUUACAACUACAAGCUCACAGGUAUCAAACUAGUCGUCAACGGCCACCUUCCUCCGCCACCUAAACCUGGCCAACCAGGCCACCUGUUGGUCUGCAACCACCGGACCGUCCUAGACCCGGUCGUGACAGCUGUCGCGCUCGGUCGGAAAAUCAGUUGUGUGACCUAUAGUAUCAGCAAAUUCUCUGAGCUAAUCUCUCCAAUAAAAACCGUUGCGUUGACUCGUCAGCGCGAGAAAGACGCAGAGAACAUCAAGCGUCUCUUGGAGGAAGGAGAUCUUGUGAUAUGUCCCGAGGGAACUACGUGCCGCGAGCCUUUCCUUCUCCGAUUUAGCGCCAUGUUCGCCGAGCUCACGGACCGGAUCGUCCCUGUGGCUAUCAACACGAAGCAAAGCAUGUUUAAUGGUACAACCACACGUGGCUACAAGCUUCUUGAUCCUUACUUCGCGUUCAUGAAUCCCAUUCCCACGUACGAGAUCACUUUCCUUAAGCAGCUGCCGGCCGAGCUGACAUGUAAAGGAGGCAAGUCGCCAAUAGAGGUGGCGAAUUACAUACAGAGGGUUUUGGCAGGAACCUUAGGGUUUGAGUGCACCAACUUCACAAGAAAGGAUAAGUACGCAAUGCUAGCUGGUACCGACGGUAGGGUUCCGGUGAAGAAGGAAAAGAUAUGA